GACAAUAUCUUUAUGGUAAAAGUUAGAGGCUCCGAAAAUAAAAGACCAAAGCGCAAGAGAGAAAAUAUAUUGUUACAGGAAAACCUUCCCAAAGAUUGGUUUUGGGUUUGGUGGCCAGACUCGGGUUGGUGGAAAGUCCGUAUAACGGAUGUAGAAGAAGAAGAAGAGUGGUAUUGGCCAAGGACUCAGGAACCCUUGGAUACCCCCAUUCUGUCGUUAACUAUUUCGUAUGCCAGUCAUAAAAAUGGUUCUACUUGUUUCAUUGAACGAGUACUGUGGCAUGAAGGGGUUCUUUAUGACCAAGAAGGGGAAGAAACAAUUAGCUAUUGUUUGAACCCCCCACAAGACAACGUCGCCAAUAGCAGCGAACAGCUUGCAAAUGAAGAUAGUUUAAGGCCUUCUUCUCCAAGCACUUCUUCUAAUGAAACAGGGUCUCGUCGUUCCCAAGAGAAAGUUUUCAACGAAAGGAAUAAAGAGACCAAAGAACAAGCUAACAUAAAAACAACAAAAGUUGGCACAAGUCCUAGAAAAGAUUCUUUUAUGCAAGAGAGAGUAGCAGAAAACAUAAGGGAAAAGGCAAAGAACGUCUUGAACCAAAUUUUGCUCGAGAACUUAGAAGACACAGGUGUGGAUAUAGAUAAAACUAAUAUAUCAAAGAUUGCAAUAGAUAUAGAGAAUGCUCUUUUUGAAAAAUAUUUCAAAGCAGACUAUUUAGAGCAGCUGCGUAGCUUAACUUUCAACUUGCGUGGUAAACGUAACUUGGAUUUGAAGAGAGCAAUAGUUAUGUCCGACAUUUCACCAACAAGACUUGCUGAAAUGACUGCAGACGAACUGGCUUCCAAGUCAAUGAGAGAAGAGCGGAAGAGAAGAGAACAGGAAUCCUUUGCAAGAGCUGUCAUUCGGGACCCCACAGAUGUUGGUAUUAUGAAAGGUAUGAAUUCGACUGAGGUUUUGCCACAAAGAUCGGAAGACGCGUACGAGAAUGGGCAAAUAUUUCCAACGGAUAACUCGUUGCAAGAAGCAUGUAGAGAAGAUGUAGAAGCAGGGAUAGAAGACUCAGGAGUUCAAGGUUCUUUACCUGUAAAUAAGGAAAUAAUACAUGAAAUGGAUAGUAUUCAAUCAUGUCUUCAUGUGAAUGAAACCACUCAACAGAAGAACAAUGUGGAAGCACAAAAAUCAUCAAGCCUGACUCUCAGCAGCUUAGAAUUUUCCAUGUCCAAUAGUUUAGAUGACAAGUUUCAACAGUUUGCUUCAUCAAUGGGCGAGCCUGAAUCGAAUAAACGGAAUAGAAGCAUUUUGAGAGGCUCAACAACGGAUGCAAUUCGUUCCAAAAGGAGAACUGCAGUUUGGCAAGGCAAGAUUACUUUCGAUAAAACGAUAUCAUUCAGUGCUAUGGCGUUUUAUUUGGUUGGAGCAAGCAACUAUGCGGUUCUUCCGGGACAAAUGAAUGUGAUUGGUAGGACUGAACUCACUUCGACUAUAGAGUUUGUGAAAGGACUGGAAUACUCAACUUCUAGGGAGUUUAGUGUAGUAUAUUUUAAACCAAAAGAUUCAAGAGAUGAAGGCGGCUUUAAAGAGUUGAUAGACUUUCUUUCUAGAAGAAAGCGUGCUGGCGUAUUGUUCCAAACUGGCCAAUCAGAGGCUUACAUAUUACCACCUGGGAAGAUAACUUGUCGUGUUCAUGAAUAUGGAAUGGAACGCGUACUAGGAGUUAUAGUCACCCGUAAAACACCUUUGGAAGAACCACCAAUGCCACUAUCCGAGCAAGUAAAAGUAGGUCAAAGUGAACACCUGCCUCAAGGCUCACACUUGAGAUCUAUGGACGAAGAGAACAAUAGUCUUUCGCCUCACAUUCAAUUAUCUGCAGAACCAUUUAAGGAAGUCAUAGUUUCUGAACCAGAAAAAGAAAAGCAAGGUUCCUUUGCUAUGUUUACUAAAAAUAUUUCAACAAACUUGUCUUCAGCUCCUGAGAAAGGAGUGCUGAAUAGUAAUAUCACCACCGAAGAACAGCAUAAGAUUCUUCCAGGAUUGUCAAAAGGCCCGCAAUUGUCAAGCGUUAUGGGUAUCCGUUCUCUUUCUGGUAUUCCUGGAUUGAAUAAAACGAACGAAAGCGACAAGGAAUCUUUACAAAAGUGAUUUCUUUUAUUGGAUAACAAGUUGUGAAACAAACCAAAGGUGGUCAAUAACUUUGACUCUACUGGAAGUUUGUGAUUACGUGUUGCAGGAUACCUUGGUGACAAAGCCUUUUCGAUCUCCACGUUAGGUCAACUAG